AUGUUCGGGGACAUCUUGGGCAACGGUGGUUUGAGCCUCCGGGAUCGCGAAGCGAUGCUAAACAUCACCAAAUCAUUCCGGCCAAAUGGGUGGCCCGAGGAUCUUUGGUUCUGCAGCCAUCUGCAAUCCGGCAAGCUGCCUUCCCGCGAAGUGGCAAAACUGCCAGGGAGACCUUUCAGGCACGGGAGAAGCAGAAGUCGGAUCCUCCCUUGCCGAGCGUGGGCGUCCAUAGCUUGUGGCUGCUACGAAGAUCCGGAAACUCUUCGAGGGCCGGUGCCCGGCCGUGAGUCUCGUGAUCCCCAGAGUGGGAAACAGGAGUCUUUUCCGCGGACGGUUGCCUUGCUCCAGGACAGCGAUGGCAUUUUGGACUCUGUCAGUCUGACAAGGAUGGCCGCGAUCUUCGACCAUACCCUGCAGGAUGCUUUUUUUUUGGACGUCCUCCGUGAAGCGCAAGCACGGCGGUGA